UCCAUAUUUAAUGUAUUGUGUCUAGGUGGAAGGCCACUUCCUAUUUUUUUUUUUAAAAGAGUUGUUAUUUGGAAUCAUUGUUUCAAAAGCUAACUUCUAUAACCAUUACUUGUUUAUUUGUAUAGUGGUUGCCUCAUUGUGCUAGGUAUUGUACACAUGUACCGAUGUGAUCUGUGUUUUUCCUCUCCCUUUGCUUCUGUAUGUUUUAAAUUAGAAGUCACCUACUACAGGACAGGCCCAACAAAGAAAAUAACAGAACACCACUGGCCAUCACAUACAGCCCCCAGCUAAAACCUCUCCAACACAUCAUCAAAGAUCUACAACCUAUCCUGGAAAACAAUCUCACUCUCACAGACCUUGGGAGGCAGACCAGUCCUCGCUUACAGACAGCCCCCCAACCUGAAGCAGAUACUCAUCAGCAACUACACACCACAGAAACACUAAGCCAGGAACCAAUCCCCGUAACAAGCCUUGUUGCCUACUCUGUCCCCAUAUCUACUCUAGCGCCACCAUCAGAGGACCCAACCACAUCAGCCACACCAUCAGGGACUCAUUCACCUGCACAUCUACUAAUGUGAUAUAUGCCAUCAUGUGCCAGCAAUGCCCCUCUGCCAUGUACAUUGGCCAAACUGGACAGUCUCUAUGUAAAAGAAUAAAUGGACACAAAUCGGACAUCAGGAAUAGUAACAUACAAAAGCCAGUAGGAGAACACUUCAAUCUCCCUGGACAUUCUAUAACCGAUUUUAAAAGUAGCCAUACUUGAACAAAAAAACUUCAAAAACAGACUUCAAAGAGAAACUGCAGAACUAAAAUUCAUUUGCAAAUUUAACACCAUUAAUUAGGGCUUGAAUAGGGACUGGGGGUGACUGGCUCACUACAAAAGCAACUUUUCCUUUCCUGGCAUUAACACCUCCUCUUCAAUUAUUGGGAGUUGACUACAUCCAUCCUGAUUGAACUGGCCCUGUCAACACUAGUUCUCCACUUGUUAGUUGCUGAAACUGAAAGGAGUAGAGGAACCAGUACUUUAAUUUUGCGUGGAGCGUUUGGAAAAUUACUGCAAUGCUGUAAAUCAGAACCUCAGUUAAGUUCGGUAGCUGUAGUGGGAGGGAAGUGGAAGAAUCCAGUGACAGCCACCAGAGUUUUAGAAAAUGCAGAGUUUGAUGCUCUUCUGUAGAAGAGGAUAUAUUUAAACCCACGUUCGUCUGAAGGAUCAGUGUUUAUCCUAAAUAUCACGGUUUAACAUCCCAAAAAGUAUAAGAGGCAGACGUACAAAUGUCUACCACAAGACUAAAGUGUGACAUGUUAUGUUCUUUACCAUAAGGACCCAUAAAAUGAGCUCCAUUACAGACAGAGAUGAUGGUAGUAUUUUUGAUGGUCUGGUGGAAGAAGAUGACAAGGAUAAAGCAAAAAGAGUGUCUAGAAACAAGUCUGAAAAGAAACGUAGAGAUCAGUUUAAUGUUCUCAUCAAAGAGCUUGGUUCCAUGCUUCCGGGUAAUGUUCGGAAGAUGGAUAAAUCCACUGUACUGCAGAAAAGCAUUGACUUUUUACGGAAGCACAAAGAAAUCACUGCACAGUCAGAUGCCAGUGAAAUUCGACAGGACUGGAAACCUACAUUCCUUAGUAAUGAAGAGUUCACACAGUUAAUGUUGGAGGCUCUUGAUGGUUUUUUUUUAGCAAUCAUGACAGAUGGAAGUAUAAUAUAUGUGUCUGAAAGUGUAACUCCCUUACUUGAACGUUUGCCAUCUGAUCUUGUGGAUCAGAGUAUAUUUAAUUUUAUCCCAGAGGGGGAACAUUCAGAGGUUUAUAAAAUACUGUCUACUCAUCUGCUGGAAAGUGAUUCAUUGACCCAAGAAUAUUUAAAAUCAAAAAAUCAACUAGAAUUCUGUUGCCAUAUGCUGCGAGGAACAAUAGACCCGAAAGAACCACCUACAUAUGAAUAUGUAAAGUUUAUAGGAAAUUUCAAGUCUUUGAAUAAUGUCCCCAACUCAGCGCACAACGGUUAUGAAGGAACUAUCCAGCGGCCCCAGCGGCCUUCAUAUGAAGACAGAGUUUGCUUUGUAGCUACAGUUAGGUUAGCUACACCUCAGUUUAUCAAGGAAAUGUGCACUGUUGAAGAACCCAAUGAAGAGUUCACAUCUAGACAUAGCUUAGAAUGGAAGUUCCUAUUCUUGGAUCACAGGGCACCUCCAAUAAUAGGCUAUUUACCAUUCGAAGUUCUGGGGACAUCGGGCUACGAUUACUAUCAUGUAGAUGACCUAGAAAAUCUGGCAAAAUGUCACGAACACUUAAUGCAAUACGGGAAAGGGAAGUCAUGUUAUUACAGGUUCCUGACAAAGGGGCAGCAGUGGAUUUGGCUACAAACACAUUACUAUAUUACUUAUCAUCAGUGGAAUUCCAGGCCAGAGUUUAUUGUCUGUACACACACUGUAGUAAGUUAUGCAGAAGUUCGAGCAGAAAGAAGGCGAGAACUUGGUAUUGAAGAGUCUCUUCCAGAGAUAGCAGCAAAUAAAAAUCAGGACUCCGGAUCUGAUAAUCAUAUAAACACGGUCAGCCUCAAAGAAGCAUUGGAAAGAUUUGAUCACAGCGGUACACCUUCUGCUUCCUCCAGGAGUUCGAGGAAAUCUUCACAUACUGCAGUCUCAGAUCCAUCAUCAACGCCAACAAAGAUGACAAUGGACACUAGCACUCCUCCAAGACAAAACUUAUCUGGUCAUGAAAAGACUGCACCAAGGAGGUCAUCACUUAGUAGUCAGUCCUUAAACGCCCAGUCUGUUGGACAACCAUUAGCACAGCCAAUGAUGUCUCAACCUGCAACUUUGCAGAUCCAGCCAGGCAUGUCCCAGCCUAUGUUCCAGUUCUCAGCCCAAUUGGGAGCCAUGCAGCACCUAAAGGACCAGUUGGAGCAAAGAACACGAAUGAUAGAGGCAAAUAUUCAUCGGCAGCAAGAAGAGUUGCGUAAGAUUCAAGAACAGCUUCAAAUGGUUCAUGGUCAAGGGCUUCAGAUGUUUUUGCAGCAAUCAACUCCUGGAUUAAACUUUGGUUCUGUGCAGCUUACUUCUGGAAACUCUUCUAACAUUCAGCAGCUUACACCAAUAAACAUGCAAGGUCAAGUUGUUCAGGCUAAUCAAAUUCAAGGCGGAAUGAACACUGGGCAUAUUAGUACUCAGCACAUGAUACAGCAACAGCCUUUGCAGAGUACAGCAACACAGCAUACUCAGCAAAAUAUACUUAGUGGGCACAAUCAACAGACUUCUCUUACCAGUCAGUUACAGAAUACACUUUCAGCCCCCUUAUAUAACACUAUGGUGAUUUCCCAGCCAACGACAGGAAAUGUGGUCCAGAUUCCAUCUAGUUUACCACAAAACAACAACCAGAGUGCUGCAGUAACUACUUUCACCCAGGACAGACAGAUCAGAUUUUCUCAAGGUCAGCAGCUUGUCACAAAAUUAGUCACUGCCCCUGUAGCAUGUGGAGCGGUAAUGGUACCAAGCACUAUGUUUAUGGGGCAGGUGGUGACUGCCUACCCCACUUUUGCUGCACAACAGCAGCAGCCACAGACAUUAUCAAUAACGCAGCAGCAGCAACAGAGUCAGCAAGAGCAGCAACAGCAGCUCAGUACAGUUCAGCAAGCGGCUCAAGCUCAGCUGACGCAGCACCCGCAGCAGUUCUUACAGACAUCCAGGCUACUUCAUGGAAAUCAAUCAACUCAGCUUAUUCUCUCUGCUGCUUUCCCACUACAACAAAGCACUUUUACUCAAUCACACCACCAGCAGCAUCAAUCUCAGCAGCAGCAGCAACUCUCACGACAUAGAACUGACAACAUGAUUGAUCCUUCCAAAGUUCAGCCACAGUAG